AUGGUAGAUCCAUUGAGGAAGCUCACACAUGCCGGUACAGAAUUCUGCUGGAACGAAGAGCACCAGAAUGCCCUAGAUAACGUGAAGAAAGAAAUAUCUCGAAUGCGCACCCUAGCAUACUUCGACGACACAAAAGAGACCCACGUCAUCACUGAUGCUGGACCAGAAGGUAUAGCGGGAGUGCUGGCUCAAGAAGAUCCAAGCGACAAAAGCCGCAGCAUUCUGGCGUACUUCAGCAGAGCGUUGACACUAACGGAGAGAAGAUAUCCCCACAUCGACCGUGAAAUGUUGGCCAUAGUGGCAGCUAUCGGACAUUUUCACAUCUACCUUGCAGGGGGAAAGUUCACGGUGAAGACAGACCACCUGCCUUUGGUGUCUAUCAUUCGAAAGCCCAGCACAAAGCUCUCAGCAAGGCUCGAACGACUGAGCCUAAGGUUACAGCAUUACACCUUCGAGAUUGAACACAUUGCAGGGAAGAACAACCCUGCAGACUACCUGUCAAGGCAUGCACCACUUACCGACAGUGUCGUCCCCAGUGAAGAAGCAAGUGCGAUAGAAGAGUAUGUCUCCUUCAUCGUGGAAUCAGCUGUUCCACAGGCACUGACUUUGCAAGAAAUCGAGAAAACAUACGCAAAAGAUGCUCAGGUGCAGCUUUUGAUCAAUGCUCUGCGAACGAACAACCCAAAGACUUGUGACGACGUGUGGAAAAGCGAUAUGCUGAAACCAUUUGCUCAAAUCAAGGACGAGCUCACAGUUGCCGAAAACGACAUUGUGCUAAGAGGGACGAGACUGAUAAUUCCUGAACAAGCACAGGCUCAAGUCAUUCGUCUAGCACACAGAGGUCACCAAGGAGUGGUGAAGACUAAACAAUUGAUUAGAGAAAAAGUGUGGUUUCCGGGGAUUGACAAGAAAGUAGAGGUGGCUAUAAAGGACUGUGAAGCAUGCCAGAGAACCGUGGUUGAAAACAAGACAUCACCGCUAAUCAUGACACCACUUCCAAAUGGACCAUGGCAGUCUGUGGCAGCAGACUUUGCUGGCCCCCUACCUGGCAACAAGUACGUUCUAGUGGUUGUCGACGAGUACUCGCGUUUUCCUCUGACAGCAGCACUCUCCUCGCUAAGUUCAAAAUCUGUGACGGAGAAACUAAGCGAAAUGUUCACAGUACACGGAUUGCCACAGACACUAAAGACAGACAAUGGACCUCCCUUCUUCGGGAAAGAGUUUGCAGAGUUCAUGAAAUCUUGUGGAAUUCACCAUCAUCGCGUCACUCCUCUGUGGCCUCAAGCCAAUGGAGGGGUUGAAAGAUUCAUGAGAAACGUUAAAAAGCUGGUGAAGAGUGCUGGUGCUGAGCAGAGAGACUGGCAAGCGGAGCUAAACGAAUUCCUUCUAAACUACAGGGCGACACCUCACUCAACAACAGGUUUCACGCCUGCUGAACUGCUGUUUGGACGAAAGAUCAAAACAAAGCUUCCCAAAGUUCCAGAGAAGAACUGA